GGGCGGGCCGCGCUGCCAUCUUGGAGCGAGGGACGGCGGAGCCGCGGCCGCGCCGAUUCAAGAUCCAGCCCAUAUUAUGGCUGGCAGUGGGUCCAGAUCAGGACCAGCCAGUGGGUUGUCCAUGAAAUCACAGCUCCAGAUCACUGUGAUUUCAGCAAAACUAAAAGAAAAGAAUAAAUGGUUUGGACCUAGCCCUUAUGUGGAAGUCUCAGUAGAUGGACAGUCAAAGAAGACAGAAAAGUGCAACAAUACAAACAGUCCAAAGUGGAAACAGCAUCUUACAGUAAUUGUCACUCCUGUAAGUAAAUUAAACUUUCGAGUCUGGAGCCAUCAAACAUUAAAAUCUGAUGUCCUUCUGGGAAGUGCUGCUCUGGAUAUUCAUGAGACACUGAAAUCCAACAGUAUGAAACUUGAGCAGGUGGUGGUGACGUUGCAUCUCGUUGGUGACAGAGAACCAGCAGAGGUGGUGGGGGAUCUGUCGGUCUGUCUCGACGGGAUGCAGGUGGAUCCCGAGCUCCUCACCAACGGGGAAGCCUCAACCUCAAGAAGUCCUACACAGAGUGAAAGCUCCAGAGUAAGGACUGAUACACGGACUAACUCAAAUGGCCUUGAAAGCUCUGAAGAAGCUGCUUCCAGUGAAAACAAGACUGUUAACGGCAGUGACUCUCCGUUACUCACAAAUGGAAGCUGCAAACCUGCCAGACCUCCCAGGCCUGCCAGACCCCCGCCCCCCACUCCCCGCAGACCCCCGUCGGUGGCCGCGAGUGCAAAUGGCCCUUCAUCCACAUCCACGGAGAGUGACGGGGCCAGUGCAGGAUCAGUGGCAGGAACAGCCUCCAACACUCCUUCAGAGCAGAGCCCUGAGGGGGCAACAGCUGCGAGCACAGCUCCUGCCACUCCUGCCCUCACCACUCCUCCGGUGUCCAGACAAGUCCAGCCAGUAAAUCCUCCACCUCAGGCACUUUCCACAGUCAGCCAAGGUCCUCUUCCACCUGGUUGGGAGCAAAGAGUAGACCAGCACGGCCGAGUCUACUAUGUAGAUCAUGUUGAAAAAAGAACAACGUGGGAUCGACCAGAGCCUCUUCCUCCAAGCUGGGAGCGCCGGGUUGACAACAUGGGCAGGAUUUAUUACGUCGACCACUUCACCAGGACGACGACGUGGCAGCGGCCGACGCUGGAGUCCGUCCGCAACUACGAGCAGUGGCAGCUGCAGCGCAGCCAGCUCCAGGGGGCCAUGCAGCAGUUCAACCAGAGGUUUAUCUAUGGGAACCAGGACUUUUCAUCCACACAGAACAAAGAGUUUGAUCCUCUUGGCCCUCUGCCACAUGGAUGGGAGAAGAGAACUGACAGCAAUGGCCGAGUGUAUUUUGUCAAUCACAACACACGGAUCACUCAGUGGGAAGAUCCCAGGAGUCAGGGUCAGUUAAAUGAGAAACCCUUACCAGAGGGCUGGGAAAUGCGAUUUACUGUGGAUGGAAUUCCCUAUUUUGUGGAUCACAACCGCAGAACCACCACGUACAUAGAUCCCCGCACGGGCAAGUCUGCUCUAGACAACGGGCCCCAGAUAGCCUAUGUGCGUGACUUCAAGGCCAAGGUCCAUUAUUUCAGGUUCUGGUGUCAGCAACUGGCAAUGCCACAGCACAUAAAGAUCACAGUGAGCAGGAAAACAUUAUUUGAGGACUCCUUUCAGCAGAUAAUGAGCUUCAGCCCUCAGGAUCUCCGGAGACGUUUGUGGGUUAUUUUCCCUGGUGAAGAAGGUUUAGAUUAUGGAGGUGUUGCAAGGGAAUGGUUCUUUCUAUUGUCACACGAGGUUUUGAACCCCAUGUAUUGCCUGUUUGAAUAUGCAGGGAAGGAUAAUUACUGCUUACAGAUAAACCCAGCCUCCUACAUCAACCCAGACCACCUCAAGUACUUCCGAUUCAUCGGCAGGUUCAUUGCCAUGGCUUUGUUCCACGGGAAGUUCAUUGACACUGGUUUCUCUCUGCCAUUCUAUAAACGGAUCCUAAACAAGGCAGUAGGACUCAAGGAUUUAGAAUCUGUUGACCCAGAGUUUUACAACUCUCUCAUCUGGGUAAAAGAGAAUGACAUUGAAGAGUGUGGCUUGGAAAUGUUUUUCUCUGUUGAUAAAGAAAUAUUAGGUGAAAUCAAAAGCCAUGAUUUGAAGCCAAAUGGUAGCAACAUUCUGGUCACAGAAGAAAACAAAGAAGACUACAUCAGGCUAGUAGCAGAGUGGAGACUUUCCCGAGGUGUUGAGGAGCAGACACAGGCUUUCUUUGAAGGCUUCAAUGAAAUUCUGCCACAACAGUAUUUGCAGUAUUUUGAUGCAAAGGAACUGGAGGUGCUUCUCUGUGGAAUGCAAGAAAUAGAUCUGAAUGACUGGCAGAGACACACCAUCUACAGGCACUACACCAGGACCAGCAGGCAGAUCGUGUGGUUCUGGCAGUUUGUGAAAGAAAUAGAUAAUGAGAAAAGAAUGAGACUCUUGCAGUUUGUAACUGGAACAUGCAGAUUGCCAGUGGGAGGAUUUGCUGACCUCAUGGGGAGCAACGGACCCCAAAAAUUUUGUAUUGAAAAAGUUGGAAAGGAAAACUGGUUACCUAGAAGUCAUACCUGUUUCAAUCGCUUAGACCUUCCACCGUAUAAGAAUUAUGAGCAGUUGAAGGAAAAGCUGUUGUUUGCAAUUGAAGAAACAGAAGGAUUUGGGCAAGAGUAGCAAAAAUUUGCACCUUGAAGAAUGAGAACUCCACACGAUUCAGUUUGCUCCGAAGAGUUCGUUGGGUUCUCAGGAAGAGGUACAAAACAACUGGAUUCAGAAAAGGAUCCCACUCAUCAUCUCUGCGGAUGAACUGAUGUGUGAGACUGGCUGAGGCCAAGAGGAUUAGGAAGUUCAGGCAUGCAUUACAGGUUUCUGAAAUGCUGGAGCAUCAGUAAAUAGCUCAAUAAAGUUUGAAACUCAAGUUUUUGGGAAGGUGUCUAGGCUAAUUCACCCUCAGCUUCUUACAGCUAGUAACUUUUGUAGUGAGUUCCUGUUGGAUUAACAGCAUCCUUUUAGAAUCUCUUAAUAUUCAGUUCUUUUCUGGUUUAAAGAACAUGUUGCAUUUUACUGCUUCUUUAGACUGAAUGCACUUUUUGAGUCUGGUCAGCCCUUUCCCUGCCCAAAGGCAGACGCCAGUGAGAUGAGCUGUAGCCACAGGGAGACGUGACACUUGAAAUAACAUGUAGCACAUAUGAAAGCACGCCUGCAGUUCAGAGCAGUGUGGCAGGACCUGCUUUGAAGACUGUUCUAGAUAACAGAGCUGAAACAGGACAGUGGGAAAGUGUAAAACGGAACUUCCAGUCUGGAAAAGAAUAUUUCUUUCCUGCUGUCCCAUCCGUCUGAACUGCAAGAGGGAAAAACUGCUUGGGGUCUGAGAAGAAGCAAGGCACUACAGGUUUUAACUGACUUAGGAGCGUGUCAGGGCGAAGUGGUAAAUGCUCUGGGAAGGCAGGAGGGUGGGGCUGGAGUGAAUAGCUGUUGUCAGGCAUAUUCAAAGAAAGGCCCAGGGAGGGUUGCUGGUGAUACAGAAAUGCCCCUCAUUUAAAGUUUCGUGCUGGUGAGAACUCACCUUCAUGGUCUGACUGGGAGGAAAAUUGCCAACUUCAACAUUUGGUUGUAUUACAUUAUACAGCUCAUGAGGAGAAAAAAAGCCUUAUAUAUAUUUUCUGUUUAUAUUAAUUCUUAUGAUGAAAUGUAGUUAUCUAACAUAUUUACAAGAGAGAGUAAACUAAGCAAGAUAAUGCAAGAUUAAGCUAUGAAAAAUAGUCUAUGUUCUGCAUAUUGCUUUACGAUUCAUGUAGGGAACCUAGAACUAUUGUUCAUGUAUAAAUAUCACCCAAAAGGCUGUCAGCCCUAUAUUUUUAAAAUAAAGAAUAGUUAUAAUUGAAAUAGCCUUAGCCCUAGUUCUAUAGGGUUUGGCUGUUGAAUAUUUUUAUGGUUGAAAUGUUUAGUUCAGGAAAAACAUACCUGCUUGUAUAUAUUUUUGAUGUCCAGGAUUCCACUUAUUCCAUUGUUUCUUUUAAUUUAAAUGGCAUGUUUAUAUGUCUUUUCUGCUGUACCAGGAUGGGAGGAAGGGGGCUGGAUAUCCCAAGCACCAGAUAUGAUUUAAAAAUAUUGCAAAUAAAGAAUUCAUUGAGAGGGGAAAAAUAAAACAUGAAUAAAACAUUAGAUUUGGCCAAAAUAUAGAAAGCUUAAAGCAACUUCUCAGUGUUAAAUUGGCAAUAUUUCUGAAGACACAAGUUCAGAUUCCUCAGGCAUUUGACUUGUGAAUACUAACAAGUCUGUAAAUUCUUACAGCAUGUUGUGUUGAAAAAAAAGGAAUUAAUAUGAGCCAGUGGUGCACUUUUCAGUUCUUUCUGGGGAUCUGGUGAAGCAAUACAGGGAUGAGCCCAGAGCAGCCAAUGUCCCAGAUGACAGGUUAGUGUGGAUUGGAUUCACAAGUGAGAUUUUCAGCAGAGAUUAAUGAAUUUGUCUCCCACUACUUCAACUGAUUUAGCAACCUGAGCUGCAUAAAGUCAUAGUAUGUUACAAACAUAUGUUUAUAUGCAAUUGUCAACUGAUCCUAAUUAUCAAGUACUAAAAGAACUUUUAUUUAGAAUUUUCCCUCAUGUGAGUGAUGUGAGAAAAUGAAAUGCUGAGAAUUAACAAAGCCUUAUUGUUUUGGGUAGCUCAGGAACUGUUCAUAUACUAAUGACAUGCACAGUAAAUACAUCAUGUCUUCAUCUGACCUAGUAUGGAAGUUUGGGGUUUUUUUAAUCCAGUUGCGUGUGUUUAAAAAUAAAAAGUUUUUUUUAAUUAUUCUGAGAAAAA